AUGGACGGAUCGGACCCGACGGUACUCAUUGUUGAAGCCGGACAGAGUAUGGAGUCAGGUAUGAGGCUUUGUAUCUACAUGAUCCUCUUCGGUAUGAUCAUAUGCCAUACAUUCCGUGAGCUUGAACUUUCCAACUGGCUAGAGAAUUACGCCGAAAAUUUUGAGUUGACCGUGUGGUUGUCAAACAUCUGGUCGAUCGAUGGGUCCCGCCACCAGCAAGUGGAAUGUAUCCGUCACCAGGGGCAGUGGAGAGAGGCGCACAUUUACAGUCAAGCACGUAAUGUUCGCCACAGGAUUGGGCAGCGGGUCUCCUCCAAUUACGCCUUCAUACCUGGCAUGGACAAAUUAAAAGGGGACAUUUUGCAUUCUAGUGAGCACAAAAAAGCGUCUGACCACGUUGGAAAGAAAGUGGUUGUUGUUGGCACUUGCACUUCAGGCUAA